AUGUCUGCCGACUACCCUAAGCACCCCUUCCUGCUGUCGGUCCAAGACACCGCUCAGGCGCUCGGAGUCGACCCCGACAAGGGAUUGUCAUCGCAGCAGGUCCAGGAAGCGCAACAAAAAUACCCUGCCAAUGAGUUCGAGGUCGGUGAGUCGGUGCCAUGGUACACCAUUCUCAGCAAACAGCUGUUCAAUGCCAUGGUCCUCGUCCUCGUCUUCGCCAUGAUUCUCAGUUUCGCCAUCAACGACUACAUCGAGGGCGGUGUUCUCGCCUUCGUCAUCGUCGCCAAUGUUACGAUCGGUUUCUGGCAGGAAUACCGCGCCGAGAAGCAGAUGGACGCGCUGCGCACCCUCUCUGCUCCCUCAGCCAAUGUUUUGCGCGACGGAAAGACAAAGGUCAUCCCCAACGCCGAAGUCGUCCCCGGUGACAUCAUCCUGCUUAAGAUGGGCGACACCGUGCCAGCCGAUAUGCGUAUCUUUGAAGCCAUGAACCUGUCUUGCGACGAACAGUCCCUGACUGGUGAGGCCCAGCCAGUCGACAAGAUCUCCGAAGCCAACAUUACAGUCCCCGGCAGCGACAAGCUCGCCACCGAGGAGGGAGAGGUCGGCAUCGGUGACCGUCUCAACAUCGCCUACGCCACCACCAUCGUCCGCAAGGGCCGUGGUCGCGGCAUCGUCGUCGCUACCGGCAUGCAGACCGAGGUUGGCAAGAUCGCCGCCUCUACACAGAAGAAGACUCGCAAGCCUGGCCGCUCCAUGAACUACAAGAAGUACGGCAAACGCCAGCCCGUUGUCGGUCUUACCAAGCGCAUCUACGAUGCCGUCGGCAAGUUCUUGGGUCUCACCGAGGGUACUCCUCUGCAGAAGAAGCUCGCCGCCCUGGCUUACAUCCUCUUCGGAUGUGCCAUUAUCCUGGCCAUCAUUGUGUUUGCUGCUCACAAGUUCGACGUUACUGGCGAAGUUAUCAUUUACGCCGUUUCGCUCGGCAUUGCCAUCAUUCCCGAAUCUCUCGUCGCUGUCCUCACCAUUACUAUGGUUGUUGCCGUGACUGUCAUGAGAAAGUCCAACGUCGUCGUCCGAGAUCUCUCCGCCCUUGAGGCCCUUGGCGGCGUCACCAACAUCUGCUCCGACAAGACCGGAACCCUGACCCAGGGUGCCAUGAUUGUCCGCAAGGCCUGGCUACCCUUCUCCCACACCUACACUGUCCGCGACUCGCAGAGCCCCAACGACCCUACCAAGGGCCGCGUCACCUACUCCGAGUCCAAGGAGCAGGAGGAGAAGGUCGGAGAGGCACCCAAGCGUGACUACGACCAGGAGCGUUCCGCCGCCGUUCUCAAGUUCGAUGUGCCCGAGGAGAAGCUGCAGAACAAGCAGCCUGCCAAAGAGCCCGAGGCUGAGAAUGAGGCCGAAAUGACGCCCCGCCUCAAGGCCUUCCUCCUGUCCUCCGCCCUCUGCAACCUGGCCACCGUUCGGUACGAUGAGGAAGAGGCCAAGUGGCAGACCACCGGCGAGCCUACCGAGAUUGCGCUCCAGAUCUUCUCCCACCGCUUCAAACUCGGAAAGAAGUCCCUCGAGGGCCUCGGUUGGAAGCAACUUGCCGAAUUCCCCUUUGACAGCUCCAUCAAGCGCAUGUCCGUCAUCUACGACCUUCCCCAGACGGACGAGACGUCCGAUAUCUGGGGCCCUGAGAACAGUCUCGUCUUCACAAAGGGUGCCGUUGAGCGAAUCCUGGACCUGUGUAGCCACAUCGGUUUCGGUGACGACAGAAUCGAGCUCACCGAGGAGAUCAAGGAAGAGGUCCUCAGCCAAAUGAACAACCUGGCCUCCCAAGGACAGCGUGUACUCGCUGUUGGCUACCGCAACUGGGACGGACGUUUCACCACCAAGCAGGCCGACGUCACACAGGAGAGGGAGACCGCGCUGCGCACCGAGGUCGAGCAGGGGCUGACGCUCCUCGGCCUGGCCGGCAUCUACGACCCUCCCCGCCGCGAGACUAAGCCGUCCAUUGCCGAGUGCUCCUCCGCCGGUAUCAAGGUCCACAUGCUCACUGGCGACCACCCCGAGACCGCCAAGGCCAUCGCCAAGGAGGUCGGCAUCAUCCCCAAGAACCUCGGCGUCCUGCCCGACGCUCUCGCCAAGUCCAUUGUCCAGAAGGCCACCGACUUUGACAAGAUGACGGACGAGGAGAUCGACGCCAUGCCCGAGCUGCCCCUGGUCAUCGCCCGUUGCGCCCCCGAUACAAAGACGCGCAUGAUCGACGCCCUCCGCCGCAGGAACGCCUUCAUGGCCAUGACCGGUGACGGCGUCAACGACGCCCCCUCCCUGGCCCGGGCCGACGUCGGUAUCGCCAUGGGCUCCGGGUCCGACGUCGCCAAGUCGGCCUCCAAGAUUGUCUUGACCGAUGACAAGUUCAACUCCAUCGUGUCCGCCAUCCGCCAGGGCCGCCGCAUGUUCGACAACAUCCAAAAGUUCAUUCUCCACCUGCUCAGCUCCAACGUCGGCGAGGUCAUCCUCCUCUGCUGCGGUCUCGCGUUCCGCGACGGCGCCGACCUUUCCGUCUUCCCCAUCUCGCCCCUCGAGAUUCUCUGGAUCAACAUGGUCACCUCGUCCUUCCCUGCCUUCGGCCUCGGCCGCGAGGAGGCUGCCGCCGACGUCAUGCGCAAGCCCCCCCAGAACAAGAAGCGCGGAGUCUUCACGAACCAGAUCAUCGUCGACAUGAUCGUCUACGGCAUCAUCAUGGGCGCCCUGACCCUGGCCACCUUCAUCAUCGUCGUCUACGGAGCCAACGGCGGCGCCCUGGGCAGCGAGUGCAACAAGACCUUCACCGAGGCCUGCCGGCCCGUGUUCCGCGCCCGCGCCGCCGUCUUCGCCGAGCUCACCUGGAUCAUUCUCAUCUCCGCCUGGGAGUUCAAGAACUUGCGCCGUUCCAUGUUCGCCCUGAACCCCGACAGCAAGAGCAAGUUUCCCUUCUUCAAAGACGUCUACUCAAACCGGUUCCUCUUCUGGGCCGUCAUCAUCGGCGCCCUCUCCGUCUUCCCCGUCAUCUACAUCCCCACCCUCAACACCACCCUCUUCAAGCACAUCGGCAUCACCUGGGAGUGGGGAAUCGUCGUCGGCUUCACCCUCCUCUACGUCAUUGGCGUCGAGGCCUGGAAGUUCGUCAAGCGCACCUUCAACCUCCUCGACGACCACCAGGUCGUCAAGGGCGCCUUCAGCCAGGGCGGUGAGGAAGACGGCCGCGACUUCAAGAAGACCAUCACCUUCAGCUCCUUCAAGAGCUGGCACUCCUUCGGCCGCAAGGACACCGGCGAGUCGACCGGCCGCCGCAGCCGUUCCCAGCACCGCACCAACACCAACCUCUCGGGCGAGACCCGCACCGGCGAGGGCUCUCCCCCCAACCACACCAGCAGCAACGAGAAGGUCUGA